AUGGAUAUCGAUCGAAGCAACCAAUGCCGGACGGUGACGGGUUGGAGAUGUAUUUUGCUAAUUUUAUUGAAAAGUUAUAUGAAGAAAAUGGAAUCGAAAUUACAACCACCUCUGAAAUACUUUCUUCGCGAUGAAGUCGUCAUCCAUAAUGAAGCGACCAGCGCGUGGGUUAUCGUCCACGGAACGGUUAUCGAUAUAACACCACUGUUUGCAGCAGCCGAACGAAAAACGUCGCUACAGAAGAAGACACUACAAUGGCUGUUGGCGCUUGCGGGGCAAGAUUUAAGCUCGUUCUUCCAUAACAACGAGCUUACUCCCAUCGAGCGUACCAACCGCAACGGAGAACGGGUUCCAAUCUUCGUGCCCUGUUUGGAGCGUAAUCCUGCCACCCAGCUCUACUGGUACCGUGAUCCGGCUCUGGUCAUUGGACGCAUAACAUUCCACCCAUGCCCGGUGAAAAUUAUCAACACAUUGACAUUCCACGAGACGGAAAUGAUCGUUUGUUACGAAGAUACGAUCGGCGACGUGCGGGAAAAGUACUUGCGCUACAAUGACAACGCCUGCCGCUACGAAUGGCGCAAAGAUCUCUCCAUGGGAUCCGAGACCGGACUGCUGCGGAUGGAUAAAACGCUUACUGAAAAUGGGUAUCAGGUCAAUCUGCGCAGUCCGAUACCGGUAAUUUGGAUAUUUUACAUUCUACCUCCGGGAACGAUAGACACAACGAAUGGCACGCACUCUUGCUCCGGAACAUCGUGCAACACGGUGAACGGGCCCCAGGCGGAGGAAAGCCAAAAUGCCAGCGCAUCUCCAGAUGGAAAACAAAGUAUAAACGCGACCACAAAGACAAAUUGUACGGCUCUGGAUAUCCACGAGUGUGCGAAAAACUGAACAAAUUACAAUAUAAUAGAAAUUCUUGAAAUUUUUCCGAA